AUGGACUUAGCCUUUUACAAUAACAACAAGUACACACUUAACUACCAAAAUGAAGUCACCAAGAAAAUCGUGCGGAAGAUACUGAACCGGUUGGGGGAGAACAGACAGGGCGAAUCGCCUGGCACGGCUGACUGCAGCAGGAAAAAAAUCGUGGACUACUUCGCCGAGGCCGAGCUGCUCUUCACCCUGCACGACCUCUCCCAAUCAGGCGAAGUGGACAUCAUGUUGUUUCCCCAAAUGGCCAGGCAGCUGAAGCAAGUGUACGACGCGCCCCAAGUGAGGAAAUUCCAAAAAGAAAUGAACAUAAAACAAAUAAGCAAAAUGAAUCUACCAAUGUUCCUGACUCUAUUGAAGCGAAAGUUGUUCCAAGUCAUCGACGAGGAAGGCACGUUCGACAAACACUUUAACGUUUUGGAUAUGCAAAAAAAAAACGCCGUUGAUUUGGACGUCCUACGGACCUAUUUAGGGUUGGUGGGUGAUAAAGUCAGCCCCGAAGAUUUUGACUUUUUCGUGAAGUGCAGCACGCAGGGGGAGGGCCUGCUCCCGGGGGAGGGGGGGGCCCUUCCGCCGAGUGGCGAACCCACCCGCUUGCUUGCCAUCACCGCAAAGCAGUACAGGGACAUGCUCACGUGUUAUCAGCACAUUUGA